UAGCAUUUCUCUUCCGUCUGGGCUAGGAGCUAGCAGGUCUGCCGGGCAGCAGGUGGAUGUUUUCCCGGUCGGGUUUACCUGUGAUUGGUGUUUUCAUAAAGUUUAAACCGGUUCAAUCAUUCAGAGCAGCUACGUUAAAGCGUUUGUGUGACGCCAGCCGUCCGGUAACCGUGCUCUCCCGGUGGUCCGCCCUGCCUCCUCUGCCCGGUGUCACCGGGAUAAGACGUUACUCCUCAAACCGACAAAUGCCCAAAAAAGAGAAAGCGGUGAAAGGACAUCAGGCUGCUGGCGGCGGCGCCGGAGCGGCGGAGCCCGGAGCCUCUGGUCCGGUGGCCCGGGACAAAAGCGGCGCCGUUACCAUAACGGUUCGCGCGAAGCCCGGCUCCAAACACAGCGGCAUCACAGAAGUCUCUGCAGAGGCGGUGGGAGUCGCCAUCGCAGCGCCUCCUACCGACGGAGAAGCCAACACCGAGCUGGUUCGCUACCUGGCCGAAGUUCUGGACCUGAAGAAAAGUCACGUAUCUCUUGACAAGGGCUCCAGGUCCAGAGACAAAGUCAUCAGACUGGACUCCUCCCUCAGUCUGGAGGAGGUGUUGAGGAGGCUCAGACAGGCUGCAGGCUGACGGGAGGGACAGAGGAGGUGGAUGGACAGGGCCAGAAAUAUGAAGCUUUAUGCCGAAAGGGUUUCACAGCUGGACCGCUACCGGAGGAACUGGAACAUCACCAUGGAAACGGACCGGUCCACCAACCAACCUCCAGUCUGCAGGAGGGGUUUCCGUCCCUGGUACUACUGGACAGGAGAGGACAUCUGUCUGUCCGGUCAUAGACUGGAUAUGACCUUCAUAUGUUGUAACGUUUGAAGUGAAUCGUGAAACAGCGUUGUUUGUUUUUUUAAUCACUGUCAUACGAUUAAAUGAAAUAUUGACAACUAAUAAAGAGAUUAUGACCUGUACAGGUCCAUCUUG